AUGCCCAUAGACACUCUCGAGGACAAUAUUGCACGGACAGGGGGCUCCACCAGAGGUUCCCAGUACACCCUCACUAUACAUUUCGGUUUGCCAGAGCAAAUCUAUGCAGCCAAGAGUCAGAAUGCCCAGGAACCCUUCCUUGCCUGCUGCCCAGCAUCCAUCGCACACGAUCUUGACAGAUCCCUGCAGGUGGUGGUGGCUUCCUGUCCUUUCUUCAGGCUUGGCCCUGCCAAGCCCCUGGAGCCAAGGCUCGACCACCAGGUGCUCACCGGCAAGCGCCCCCCAGCCCACCAGGCCUUGCUCCAGGGAACUCCAGCAGCUGUGGAUCUGAAGAUGAACAUCGUACUCCUCCACUACAACGUUACAGGGAAGCUGGACCACCGGCCAAGCAUCAGCAUGCACCCAGGCACUGUAGAUGUUCAAACUAUAGUGUGCCUCAUCAUUUGUAGCUUCAUUGUCCUGGAGAACCUCACUGUCCUGGUGGCCAUAUGGAAGAACCAUAGGUUUCACAACCGAAUGUACUACUUCAUUGGGAACCUGGCGCUGUGCGACCUGCUGGCAGGAGUUUCUUAUGCCGUCAACCUGCUUCAUUCUGGAGAGAAGACCCUGGAACUCUCACCCACUCUUUGGUUGAUCAGGGAGGGCAGUACGUUUGUCGCACUCAGUGCCUCCAUCUUCAGUCUCUUGGCUAUUGCUAUAGAGAGACACCUGACUAUGAUCAAAAUGAGGCCUUACAAUGCCAACAAGAACUACAGAGUAUUUUUAUUGAUAGGGACAUGCUGGCUGAUUGCUGUAUCUUCAGGAGCUUUACCCAUUUUAGGCUGGAACUGCAUUGGCAACACCCCUGACUGCUCCACGGUUUUUCCUCUUUACAGCAAGAAAUAUAUAGCGUUCUGUAUCACUGUUGUUAUGGUUUUGCUCUUGGCCAUGUCAGUGCUUUACGCUCGCAUCUACAUCCUGGUGAAGUCCAGCAGCCAGAAGGUGAGCAAGCACAGCAAUUCGGAGCACGCAAUGUCCCUUCUGCGAACAGUCAUCAUUGUAGUUGGGGUCUUCAUUGCCUGCUGGACACCCAUCUUUGUCCUGCUCCUGGUGGACGUGGUCUGUAAGAAGCGCUACCCCAUCCUUUACAAGGCUGACUUGUUCAUUGUGGUGGCUGUGCUCAAUUCCUCCAUGAACCCCAUCAUCUACACUCUGGCCAGUCGAGAGAUGAGACGGGCCUUUCUGGGUUUGGUUUGUGGCGUUUGCUACAAGGCAAAGGCUUCUGUGAACGGCAGUGGGAACAGGCAGUCCUUGGAGCCCAGCCGUAGUAGAAGCAAGUCGUGGAGCAGCCAGAGCAACCCAAACCAGAACCAGCAUGGCUCCAGGCAUGCGGAGCUGGAGACGAGGCAGGAAGCUUACACAGACCCUGGUGACAUCUCAACAAAGAGCGACGCUGCUCAGGAGGGCCUGGAGAGACACUGA